UCCACUGGGCCGAGUUCAGCGUACCCUUGUAUAUAACUCAGCUCCAGUUUGGCGUUUUAGGGUUCACAUCUAGCUGCAGUCUGAGCUUCCCUGCGUGAAGGAGAAAUACUUCUCUCCCAAACAUGGGUAUCUCCCGUGAUUCAAUGCACAAGAGGCGUGCAACAGGUGGCAAGAAGAAGUCAUGGAGGAAGAAGCGAAAGUACGAGCUUGGACGUCAGCCAGCAAAUACAAAGAUCUCAAGCAACAAAACCGUAAGACGGGUCCGUGUUCGAGGUGGAAAUGUGAAAUGGAGAGCCCUACGAUUGGAUACUGGAAACUACUCAUGGGGGAGUGAGGCAGUUACCCGUAAAACCCGUAUCCUUGAUGUGGUUUAUAAUGCAUCGAACAAUGAGCUUGUCCGAACACAAACCUUGGUCAAGAGUGCAAUUGUUCAGGUAGAUGCUGCCCCCUUUAAACAGUGGUAUCUCCAGCACUAUGGUGUUGAUAUUGGCAGGAAGAAGAAGGGAACUGCCAAGAAGGAUUCUGCCGAGGAGGUAAGUGAAGCUGCUGCUGCUGAGGAGACUAAGAAAAGUAAACAUGUUGAAAGAAAACUAGAGGCACGUCAGAAGGACCGUAAUCUGGAUCCUCACCUCGAAGAGCAAUUUAGUUCUGGUAGGCUUAUGGCGUGCAUUUCCUCCAGGCCUGGCCAAUGUGGCAGAGCUGAUGGGUACAUUUUGGAGGGAAAAGAACUCGAGUUUUACAUGAAGAAAUUGCAGAGGAAGAAGGGCAAGGCGGCUGGUGCUGCUGCUUAAUGAUUGCUUUUCUUAAAUUGCAAGAUUCUUUUUAUCUUGUAGCUGUGUUUAUUGCGACGGCCCAAAGUGGUUUUUGAAUUACUGUUUUUUUAUGUACGUUUUAUGAAACUUGUUUUCUGUUCUUGACACAAUAUAUUAUGUCUUGCUUUGUUUGAUCAGCAUUUGAUAUUCACCGAAUAAGCAAGUAAAAAUGUUGAGGUGUAAAAUAACGUCACAUUUGCCAAGUUGAAACUUGAAAGGCUAAUUGUAACGUCACAACACAUGUUAAUAAUGUCUAGCUUUAUAAUAACUAGAUUCUCACCUGCACGAUGCGCGGAUGAAA